UGUGUUUGUUUCCUGUUGCGAGGACUCUCCGGUUUCAGCAGAGUCACAGAACUUCACUGAGGUCAACAUAUCCUAUCCAGCUCUGAUCUUGCAUCUUCAGCCAUGAAAUCUCUAGGGAUCGUCUGUCUUCUUUUCAUUUUUGUAGCCAGAGGAAGCUGUCGCUCAUGCGACUAUUGUCACAACGUGGGAAAAGAUUGCGAUGGUUACACAACGGAGUGUGACUCUCCAGAAGAUCAAUGCGGCACUGUGUUGCUGGAGAUUUCGUCAGGUAAAACCCCUCGUUUCCUUCCAAUAAAAGGAGAAACUUUCUCUGCAGAUCCCGGAGACAUCGCUUAUAAUAUCAAAGGGUGCACUUCUUCCUGUCCAGAACUGACCUUGAGCAAUAGAACACAUGAAGAACGUAGAAACGAACUGAUAAAAGUUGAAUGUACCGACGCCUUCAAAACUGUACCUUCCAAUUAAUACUGCCACCAUUCUGGAAUCGGAAGGCCAGCAAUUUCAUCCAACAGAACCAUUGGAAUGGCUCUGAAAGGAAAACUGAUUCUUCCUGCUAACUAAUUCUUAGAAAUUAAAAGUAAAUAAAGAAAAGAAAAUAAAAGAAGCCAAGGGGCUGUGUUGGAUUGCC